AUGGCAGCUUUCGCGUCCACAGGACUGAACGUUCCCCGUCAUCCUCGUGACCACCCACAAGCCCCUAUCUAUUCGCCGUUCCGCUCGGACAACAUCGCGGAGCUCGUCCGCGAGACGACUGCUGCGCAGGUAGAGUUGCAUGAACGGUACUGCAGCAAGAGCGCUGCUAAAGCGCUAAACCCUGACCCCCACAAGCGCAGCCUCUCCGGUUUCUGCAGGUUCUUAACCCCUCGUGCACGGUGGAACACCGCAAUCAACGGGACGAUCGCCCUCAGCACGCCCGAAGAGCCGGAGCAGCACGCUGUUCGACAGCGAUGA